AUGGCCUGCCUGGGACUCCUGUGGUGUUUUGCCUUCAUUGGCACCUCUUUAGUUAAGUGUUAGGGCUGUGGCAUCCCUGCCAUUGAGCCUGUCCUGAGUGGCCUGGCUAGGAUCGUCAAUGGUGAAGAUGCUGUCCCUGGCUCCUGGCCCUGGCAGGUCUCCCUUCAGGACCAAACCGGCUUCCACUUCCGUGGGGGAUCAAUCAUCAACCAAGACUGGGUGUUCACUGCUAACCAUUGUGGUGUUAGGAAAUCUGAUCUGGUGAUUGCUGGUGAGUUUGACCAGGGCUCUGAUAAGGAAAACAUCCAAGUACUGAUGAUUGGCCAGGUCUUCCAAAAUCCCAAACUCAACCUCUUCACCAUCAGCAAUGACAUUGCUCUGAUGAAGCUGGCCACGCCUGUCCAGUUUUCAGACACUGUGUCCCCAGUUUGCCUCCCCAGCUCUGCUGAUGACUUCCCUGCAGGCUCUACCUGUGCCACCACCGGCUGGGGGCUGACCAAGUACACCACAACACCCUCCCCCCCCCCCCAGAAGCUCCAACAAUCCUCUCUGCCCCUCUUGUCCAACGAUGAGUGCAAGAAGUACUGGGGAAACAAGAUCAAAGACAGUAUGGUCUGCCCCGGUGCCGGUGGUGUUUCCUCCUGCAUGGGUGACUCUGGUGGGCCACUGCUCUGCCAGAAGGAUGGCGCCUGGACCCUGGCUGGCAUCAUCUCCUAGGGUAGUAGUGUCUGCACCACCUCCAACCCUGGCGUGUAUGCCCGUGUCACCGAGCUCUUGCCUUGGGUGCAGGAGGUCCUGGCUGCCAACUGA